UGUUGGUUUCGUGUAGGCUUUGUGUCCUACUCUCAAACAAAUAUUACCUUUACAUAACUUUUGAUUUCAAUUCAAUACAAAAUUUUUUUGUUAACGUAUAAAUAAACACCAUAACUUUUUCCAAGGAUUUUCAGCAAAAUUAGUUAACAGUACCAACAACUGCGCCGUAGAAACAAAAACAAAAACAAAAACAACAACCUUUACUCAAGUGGAACUAUCUAUAGUAAAAAACAAGCACAAUGUCAAUGAGACGCUCAAUGUCCAGCUCGAGCGCUUCCGAGUGGCGGAAUUACUUUAUGAGCACCCACUUCUGGGGGCCAGUCGCCAAUUGGGGUAUUCCAAUAGCAGCCAUCGCGGACACCUCCAAGCAUCCAAAGUUCAUCUCCGGCCGAAUGACAUUAGCUCUGACGCUCUACUCGUGCAUCUUCAUGCGCUUCGCCUACAAAGUGCAGCCCAGAAAUUGGCUGCUCUUCGCCUGCCACGCGACAAACGCCACGGCGCAGGCCUUCCAAGGCAUACGCUAUCUGAAGUACACAAACUCCCAGGAAGCAGCCGCGUAAGAUGACAACAACAACAACCUGGCUCGGCCAGCGCGCGAUGCCUUCGAAAAUACCUGAACAACAAUAAUGAGACCUACUGCAAUUCAAUCGGCAGACACGCAACAGCCCAAUAAAUUGCACGACCUCGUCCAGCUGGCUGAAUCUCAUCUCAAAUCGGAAUCCACCCUAGUGUGUGCUCCCAAUCUCUGUUCAUCGCGCGCUGGAGACACCAACUGCUGCAGUCGAGGCUAAGUAAGAGCGUCAAGAAUUUGGAAAAAAAUAGUUCCCGUGGUUUUGGUUUUGUAAAAAAUAAUCUUAAAUUCGAUUUAAAACUUCUUUUUGAUUUUACUUUCUGAUAUAAAUCCAAAGUGCAAUAAACAAAUGACUAAA